AGAAUGACUAUUCAAUUGUACGUGUACGUUAUGCAUAGAUUUUCACGACGUUGUCCGUCGAUUUAAUACACGCAACGGUUGGAGAGCAGACUCUCAAAAAAGAAAAAGAAGGUGAUUGUCAUAUAGAAGCAUAAAUACGUUGAAAGACAGCCGACCGAAUACCUUGCGUUCAUCUUGCAUCUCCUCAAUGGCGCUACGAUCAGCUGCGCUGAGUGGCCGCAAAGAACUGCUCGCAUGGCUCAACAACCUUUGCAAUUCAACUUAUCCAUCUGUCGAGUCACUACGCGAUGGGGCGGCGUACUGCACUAUCGUUGAGGCUGCAAUUAGCCGCAUCGCGCAAAAUAGUGCAGCAACGCACUCCUCGGAGGCACCCAUUGCCAACAGCCGCGCUGAGCAAGCGCGUGUCUAUCUUAAUAAAGUUGACUGGUCAGCAACGGCAGUUGUGUGUGAAGGCACCGACCCUUCUCUUGACUCAAUGUCCGUUCGAACUGCGUGUGCCCACAAUAUGCAGCUUCUCCAAGACAUCCUGCACGACUGCGUUCCUGCUGCACAUCGUUACACAGCAGAGGCGAGCCGAUUGGCGGCCGGGAAGCUACAGGACCACGUUUUGUUGCUUCGCUGGAUGUACUCGUUCAUGUCGAAGGUGCUGGCCCAUUACUCUCGAAAAGCAUUGGAAAAGAAAGGGGAAGUGGUGGCGGGAACUGUUGAGGGGGUCAAAUUGAACCGCACAGCGCUUUUGCGAAGUAGUCAAGUCAACGGCGUCGUUGAGCGCGGCGGUCACGAACCUGCGCAGACGCGUGAGAGAGGAGAAGCAGGGCAAGGAUUGGCGUCACACGCGCACCAUAUGAGUGCGACAAGGGUGUCGGCAGGCCGAUCACUUUCUGGUAGUCCCUCGCCGGCUCUCCAGUCUGUACGCGCCAGCGGAGAGGAGGAGUCACGUUCGCCAGAUGAUGAUGCGUACGAGGAGAGACAGUUGCCACGCAAGCAUGCGCACCGAGUCGACAAGGAGGAGCCGUCCGCAACGCCCCGCUCCUCCAGCGUCGGCGGUCCACCAACGGGAACCGCAGCAAACGCAGAGGAGGAAACUCCUCGUGGAAAAACGGUCCACUCACACUACACACGCGGCACCAUCGCCGUCCCUGAACACCUCCGCGGGCCACUCGUCUCCCUCCGCAACGAGGUGGAAGAGGUAGAAGAGAUCGUGCUGUACGUUCAGGAACAGCACAAUUUCUACCUGACGCACCCUGCCAAUGGCACGCGCACCUACACACCCAGUGCAGCGGUGCGAAACGUUGACAGUGGAUCGCAGUACAGGCUCGACGCUCGCGAAACUGUCUCACUCGAAGAACUUGGGAGGUUGCUAGAAGAGCGGGAUGCACUAGCGCAGCAAUACGCUGCAACGGAUGCGAUUGUGACGCGUGCUCUUCAGCAAGCUGAAGCGCAAGGGAAAGCAGCUUCUCCGCUUCUCCGCGACAUAGUUGAUCUGCUGCGCCCUCAUUAA